UUCUAAAAUAUUAAAAUGGAAACUAAAACAACUGAAGAAGAACAACAAUUAUUUAGUGAAGAAUUGCAAUUAUCUGAAAACAUAAUUUUCAAGAUUUUCUCGAGGAGAUAUGCUUCUUACUUCUUUUAAAAAUGUUCAAAUAUGCAAACCAUCAACUUUAAAGAACUGGUUAACAUCUGGCAUUAAAUUUAAUGGAAAAUUAGAUAUUUGUAUUAUGGCUACUGAUCAAAGAUGGAAUGACAAUCAGUGAUAUUUGCUUAAAACAUCUCCAAAAACUCAUACCCUUAAAAUAUGAUCAUACUCCCAAAGUCAAGGGCAUAAUAAACUCAGAGUUUUUUGUCAAAGAUAUCUGAAACCAAUCUCAAUGGCAUUAGAAGAGGUUAAUUUGUGACAAUGGAUUAUUUCUAAUCCUAGAUUAUUUGUCAAAAUACUUUUGGCGACAAAUGGAUGAAAAUCACUUGCUCUUCAUGAUUGAGUUUUCCCAUCAACUCCAUUUAAAGUGCCCAAGAAUUGUUCAUUGAAAUCUUUGACUCUAGGCUACACAAAGCCAGGUUCGCAAGAAACUGAUAAUUUUCAAAAGUGGCAGACUUGUUUUCCAUUGCUCUCGUUUAUAAAAUCUUGAGAAUGAUUUUCUAAUAUAAAAAUCACAGUUGCAGUCAAAGUUUUACAAAUUAGAAAGGAGUUUUUUGAAGAAGAUGUACGAAAGGGCUCAGUUAAAGGAGUCACUUUUACUUUGUGUCAUAGCCUAAUGCAAGUUUUGUAUGGGUACCCAAAGUUCUCCAUCCAUUUUGAUGAAUAGUGCUGAAUAAUAAUUUAAAUGUGA